UCCGAACCACGUGACGACACUGUCAUGGCUGCGCCCUCGUGUCAUGUGCUGUGCGACCAUGCCGAAGCCGCUUCGCUUCAGGUAAACUGUUGUUUUUGAUCGUCUUUAGGGCAUUUUGCCUAAAAACCACAACUGUUAAAUAACUUAGUCUGAUUUCUAAAGCGCGCCGCAGCGCAUGCGCAUUCAAAUAAUCGGGGAAUAGUACAGCACGUUGGCAACAAGUGUUUCCCGUUUGAAGAAAGAAAAAUGAAGCUAAAGAAGGGCAGAACGGGAGAGAAGAAGGUCUCCUCGGUGAGACGGAGCUUCGACAUGAAAGGCAAGUGGAAACCCGUGGACCUGGACCCUAGUCUGUUCUCGGAGGAAGGCCUGCGGGACCUGGUGUGCUUCGAGGAGCUGACCUCCUACCGCCUGGUGGACAGCGGCAAGGCUGCCAAACAGCAGAGGAAGGAGAAGAAGCGAGCAAAGAAGAGAGACGCCGAGCAGGCUGGAGGUGAAGCGGCCGAACCUGCAAAGAAGAAGAAGAAGAACCAGGAGAAAGUGGCAGCGGAUGAUCCAGAGACGGUGAGUUGUGGCACCGGUGAGGACGCGUUGCAGGACGGCGGUGAGGAGGAUGGAGAGAACGAGAGAGACUCAGCUGCUGUGUCCGAACAUGCUCAGUCUGGCAACACAGAGAAGAGAGCAAAGAAGAAGAAGAAAACGAAGCAGAAGAAAAAGCAAACCGAGCAGUGUGCAGCCACAGAGGAGCAGACCGGCACCAAACCCCCAGAAACAGAAAAGCCCCGUCAGGAUCAGAGAAAGCCCCCCAGGACGCAGAUAAAGAACUGGACCGACGCAGCGCUUUCUGGUUCUGCAGAGCAAAACUCUGAUAUGAGCGCCUGGAGGGAUCUGUUUGUCCCCCCUGUGGUGCUGAAGGCCCUGAGCGGCCUGGGGUUCACCUCGCCCACUCCCAUCCAAGCCCUGACUCUGCCUCCGGCCAUCAGAGACCGCAUGGACAUCCUGGGGGCGGCCGAGACCGGAAGCGGGAAGACUUUGGCCUUCGGCAUUCCCAUGAUCCACACCAUCCUGGAGUGGAGGAAGGGGUCGGGGGACACGGCCGAACCAGGUGACCCGAAGGAGGAGCCCGACGCCGGGGAGCAAGAGAACGACAGCCUGGAGGCGUCAGAGGGAGACGACGGCAGCGAGGUAGAUCGGACUCCUGCAGGCUCUGAAGACGACGAAGACGAAUCGGACGCAGAGGGCGAAGGUCAGGAUGAGCGGCUCGGGUGCGUACGAGUGAUCGACGACGCAGAGUUCGAUUUCGAGGAGAAGGGGCCCAGCCGGCCUCUCCUCGGCCUGGUUCUCACCCCGACCAGGGAGUUGGCCGUCCAGGUGAAACACCACAUCGACGCCGUCGCCAGACACGCCGGCAUCCAGACGGCCAUAGUGGUGGGGGGCAUGUCCCAGCAGAAACAGCGCAGGAUGCUGAAGCGCCAGCCGGAGAUCGUCGUCGCCACUCCGGGACGCCUGUGGGACUUGAUCAAGGAGCGCCACCCUCACCUGCUCAACCUCAGGCAGCUGAAGUGUCUGGUCAUCGACGAGGCCGACCGCAUGGUGGAAAGAGGCCACUUCGCCGAGCUGGACAGCCUCGUUGAGAUGCUGAAGACCACACACUUCAAUCCCGCCAGGCAGACGUUCGUGUUCUCCGCCACGCUGACGCUGGCCCACGCUUUGCCCAGCCGCGUCCUGCAGAAGAAGAAGAAGAAGAAGCAGCAGCUGGACAACAGGAGCAAACUGGAGCUCCUGAUAGAGAAGGUGGGGAUCACGUCCAAGCCCAAAGUCAUCGACCUGACCAGGAAGGAGGCCACCGUGGAGACCCUGACCGAGACGCUGAUCUGGUGUCAGAAGGACGAGAAGGACUUCUAUCUGUACUACUUCCUGCUUCGGUACCCGGGUCGCACCAUGGUGUUCGCCAACAGCAUCGACUGCAUCAAGAGGCUCAGCGCCCUUCUGGUCAUCCUGGACUGCUGUCCUCUGCCUCUGCACGCCAACAUGCACCAGAAGCAACGCCUCAAAAACCUGGAGCGCUUUGCCGAGCGACAGAACUGUGUUCUUCUUACGACGGAUGUGGCGGCGCGAGGCCUCGACAUCCCCAACGUCCAGCACGUCAUUCACUACCAGGUUCCUCGAACAUCAGAGACCUACGUCCAUCGGAGCGGCCGCACAGCCAGAGCCACCAGAGAGGGCCUCAGUCUGCUGCUCAUCGGUCCAGACGACGUGAUGAACUUCAAAAAGAUUUCCAAGACUCUCGGGAAGGACGAGGAUCUCCCUGUGUUCCCUGUCGAGGACAAAUGCUUCGAUGCGAUCAAGGAGCGGGUGAACCUCGCUAGGAAGAUCGAGAAGAUCGAGUUCUUCAACAGCAGAGAGAAGCAGCAUGACUCCUGGUUUAAGCAGGCGGCAAAGGACCUGGAGGUGGACCUCGACGACGACCUCCUUAUGGGCAGCGCUAGAGAGCAGGACGACGACGGGCAGCAGCAGAAGAUGGUGAAGGGGAUGAAGAAGCAUUUAAAGCAUCUAAUCUCGCAGCCCAUAUUCAAGAACGUGAUGAAAACAAAGUACCCCACUAAAAUGGGAAAACUCGAGCUGACAAACGUUCCCGUUGCGGGGAUGGAAAGCGCCCUGACCAGGAUUUCAGGGCAGAAGAACACACCUAAACUGACGGGUUUUCCUCAGCAGCAGAAAGGACGAAAGCAGAGGAAAAGGGGGAAGAAGCAGGCAUGAUGUGGUUUUUACAAAAUGUUUCUGUACUAAAAAGCGUUUUAUUUCCCUUUAAUAAUUACUGCCCAUUGUGUCGCUAUGUGGAUGGAAUGCAAUAUUUUAUAAACGUAUCUUUGCGUAAGGAUC